GACGACUUUCAACAAGGCCAUGCAAACCCUAAACCUUCAGCCAGCAGCGGCAGCGGCUGAACCUGAACUUGAAGGCCGAUUCCACCGAUUCCUUGAGAACAAUUUCGUUUUUUGUGUUUUCUCCCCUUAAUAUUCUUGUCUAAUCUCCAGUUUUCAUUUAAACAUCAAAAUGGGGGUCCCUAAAUUUUUUAGAUAUAUCAGUGAACGUUAUCCAUGUCUCAGUGAGCUUGUCAAAGAAUACCAGAUCCCAGAGUUCGACAACCUGUACCUGGACAUGAACGGUGUCAUCCAUAUGUGUUCACAUCCGAAUGAUUUUGACCCACAUUUCAGAAUUACUGAAGAAAGAAUAUUUAAAGACAUAUUUCACUACCUUGAGGUUCUUUUCCAACUGAUCAAACCAAGGAAAUUGUUCUUUAUGGCUGUAGAUGGUGUUGCUCCUAGAGCUAAAAUGAAUCAGCAAAGAGGCCGCAGAUUUCGCUCAGCAAAAGAAGCAGAAGUUCUGGAGAAACGAGCUGAAGCUAAAGGGGAAAAGUUGCCGAAAGAGGCUCGAUUUGAUUCCAACUGUAUUACUCCUGGUACAGUUUUCAUGGCCCGAUUGCAUGAACAACUAAAGUACUUUGUCGCAUCUAAAAUGUCUUGUGAUGCUCAGUGGAAAGGUGUCAAAGUUAUUCUUUCAGGACAUGAGACACCUGGUGAAGGGGAGCACAAGAUUAUGGAUUAUAUACGUUGGAUGAAAACACAGCCAGGGUAUGAUCCAAACACACGUCACUGUCUGUAUGGGUUGGAUGCUGACCUGAUGAUGCUUGGUCUGUGCACACAUGAACCUCAUUUCUCCCUCCUUCGUGAGGAAGUGAAGUUUGGCAAACAAUCCAAACGAAUUACUGUACCAGAAGAGACCAAAUUUUACCUCUUACAUCUUUCCCUCAUGAGAGAGUAUCUUGGUUUAGAAUUCCAAUCACUGAAAAAUAAAUUGAAAUUUCCAUAUGAUGUAGAAUCUAUUAUAGAUGACUGGGUUCUUAUGGGCUUUCUUGUUGGAAAUGAUUUUAUUCCUCAUUUACCUGAUGUCCACAUAGCAAGUGGAGCUUUGCCCAUGUUAUAUAAUGCCUAUAUGGAGGUGCUUCCAACUUUAGAUGGGUAUAUUAAUGAAAACGGUUAUCUUAAUCUGUACCGCUUUCAAAAGUUCAUGGAAAAAUUGGCUGCUUUUGACUUAAACCAAUUCAAAGAAGCUUAUGCUGAUAUGAAAUACUUCGAAAGCAAAACAAACCGUAAGAUGGGGUCAAAGGAUGAACGCAAUAGCAAGAAUGGAGAGCCUGACCACAGUCAAUCCAAGACUGGUAUAUCUGAGCUUGAUGCACUUAUCAAAGCAACAAAUGAAAUGGUCCUUGAGAAAUUCUUUGAUGAAGAAGACGGGGAUGAGACAGUUGCUGAUGAAGAAGAAGAUGACGUAGAUGUUUUUGCAUCAAGAGUUUAUGAUGAUGAUUCAGACUCUGAAAUAUCAGAUACAUUUAGAUGUGAAUUUCAUCAGCAUAAGAAAGACUACUAUCGAAACAAACUUGAAUAUGGAAAAGUCACAGAGCAGGUGCUGAAAGACCAGGCUGAGGGCUAUGUCCGAGCCAUUCAGUGGAAUCUUCACUAUUAUUAUCAUGGUGUGGCAUCUUGGUCCUGGUACUAUCCACAUCACUAUGCUCCAUAUGUCUCUGAUAUAUGCAAUUUCAAAGAUGUGUCUUUAGAGUUUGAAUUGGGUGAGCCUUUCAAACCUUUUGAACAACUUUUGGGAGUACUUCCUGCUGCAAGCAAAUCUCUGCUGCCAGCACCAUACCGAGAGUUAAUGACUCAUGAUACCUCACCUAUUUUAGAGUUCUAUCCUCCAGAAUUUCAGACAGACUUGAAUGGUAAAAAGCAAGAUUGGGAAGCUGUUGUCCUCAUCCCAUUCAUUGAUGAAAAACGACUCUUGGCAGCAAUGGUUUCAUGUGAAGAAAAAUUAACAGUUGAUGAAAGGAAUCGUAACAGAUUUGGACCAAUGUCACAGUACACCUUUUCUGAGAAAAGCUUAGGUGAAUACAAUGCUCCUGAGUAUUUUCCUACUAUUAAAAAGAAUCAUGCUGAGCUCCUUGAAAUUUGGCGAGAGGAGUUGCGAUUGGACCAUAAGGACAUAGUGUUUGGCCUUCCUCCCGGUGUUCGCCUAGAUGUUUACUUCCCUGGAUUCCCAACCUUCAAACAUCUACCAUUCACUGGAGAAUUGAGGAAAGCUAAAGUUCAAGUAUUUGACCAACCGAGCAGAGGAGACAACAUGAUCUUGACUUUAUUGAACAAUAAGGACAUAUCUUCACUGUCUCUGAUUGAUGCUGCUGACCAAUAUAUCGGAAAGGAUGUGUAUUGUGGCUGGCCACACCUCACUGAGGGAAAAGUUGUGGGUGUGGCUGAUGGUACAAAGAGAUACAACCUUCUGUCCAAUAGUAAUGUUGCCCUAGAGAAUUUGUCAAACAAUCUUGCAUCACAAUGUGAAGCAGUGAAAAAAGGAGUUGCUAAUGACUAUAUGAGACGAAUGGGUGUAGACAUUGGGGAAACUCAACUUAUUGUGUAUGUUCGGCCUGUUGCUGGAAGGAAGUAUGUCUUUGGCCAAGCAGGAAAGAUUACUUUAGAAAAGGUCUAUUCUGAAAUUGAGACCCCAUAUGCCAUACAAACAAUUGUUGAUGACAUUGCAGUUCAUGAUGCAAGCUUUGUGCAGUUCAAAACUCUUGAACAAGUGUUUCCCUCUGGAAGUAAAUGCUUCCUGCUUGCUUCUCCAAUUUAUGGUGGGAUGGGUGAGGUUCUUGAAGUUAAAAAACAACCUGAAGGUCGCCUCCAAGUAAUCAUAACUUCUCAUGGAGAACCAGACAUUGAAUAUGUGCGCCAAAACCAGCAUUCCAUGAAACCACAGUUCAUGACAGGCAGUAAAGCUGCACAACACAUUGGUAUCAGUUCCCAUAUUUUGUCUCGAGUUACUGGGACUAUAUUUUUGGUUGUUGGUAACAAACAAGCUGAUAAUCCUAGCAAAAUAAACAUUGGUCUUAACCUUAAGUUCAACAAAAAGAAUGAAGAGGUCCCAGGCUACACCAAAAAGGACAACAACAUGUGGCUUUAUUCUAGGAAAGCCAUUGCUCUUAUAAGGGAAUACGUGGAGAAAUUUCCUGAAGUUUUUGAGCAUCUCUGCAGGAAAACAUCUGAUGAUGUAUAUGAUGACAAGGACAUAUAUCCAGGAGAAGAUUCUGCUGAGAAAGUUUCUGCUCUUUCAAAGUGGUUGAAAGAAAUUCCAACUGCCUCUCUAGAACGACAGUCUUGUGGAGCUGAGGUUCUUGAGGAGGAAGUUGUAACACAACUUCAAGCAGUCAUGAAAGUAUUCAGUGAAAACCCUCCAGAUCCUAAGAAAUUGAAAUUGCAGGUUAAGCCACAUGUUCUGUUCAGGUCUGAAUUACGAGUUGGGAACUUGGCUCCUGAUCCUACAACGACCUACCAAUUGUUUGACCGAAUAGUUAAUGUACGUGAUGACACUAGUGUUCCACUGGGACUCAAAGGAACAAUUAUUGGCAUUCGCCGAGCUGAAAAAGCAGCUGACACCAUGUAUGAUGUAUUAUUUGAUAAUGAGUUUGAAUCAGCAAUGUCUAUUGGUGGUUCAAAAGGAUGUGCCUACAGGGUAUCUAGAACUGCUUUUAUUAAUAUUUCUCAUGGAUUUAGGCAAGGCCUCAUUAAUGAAACAUACAGAGUUAUUCAACCUCAUCCAAGAACUAACUCAGCAUUCACUCCGUGGGCAGGUCAGGGAAAGACUGGUAACAACCAAGCAAACAUGUCAAGACCAGGCCGGCAACAAGGAAAUGAAGCCUUUGCAAACAGAAAGCCAAACAACUCUCACAGAACACAAACCAAUGAAGCUUCUUCAAGUAAGAAGCAUGGUGAAUCUUCUAGAUCUUCUGGUUUUCAGUUUCCUGCUCCGCCUAAGGUCCAGAUUCUACCUAAAAGUGGUCCUAAGUUGCCUGAUGCCUCCAACGAACAGUUGCUCUGGAAACAGCUCCAGAUGGUCUCAACUAAGAGUAAUGACCUCAAGCCCUCUGGUGCACCUCAGCCUGCAACAGCUGCACCACCCCCUGCAACGGCCUUACCCAUUCCCAAUCAAAAUAUGACAAAUGCCAUUGAGUCAAAAACAAAUGUUUUGAAGAUGAUGCUUGGAGUUGCUCCAGGAUCUGCUCCAGGACCUACUCAAGGAACUAUUGCAGGAGCCACUCCAGGAGCUACUGGAGGGGCGGAGACUGUGAACAAUCCCAUUCCAGCAGGUGCAUCACAUAGUAGACAACCUUGUGAACUUACCCCAUUUGCCAAAGAUUUGUGUGGGUUUUUGCUGCAGUUUUUCCAAAGGAAAGGUGUUGGCAUUCCUUUGUUUAACUUCAUUCCGUACGGUUCUGAUGUCAUUGCUCAAAUUAAACUGCCAGAUGGCUCCACUGUGAUAAGCAAACCUGUUCCAACAAAACAAGGGGCUGCCGACGCUGCUGCUGUGGAAGCAUUACAUUUACUUCAGUUGUGCCGUGUUUGCAAAAAGGAUGACAGUGGAGUGAAACCAUUACUGCAGUCCCAGCCUCAACUUAGUGGCCAACCUCAACAGUUUUUUGACCAAUUCAGGCAAGGUCAAUUCGCCCUACCGCAACGGCCUUCCAUGCCUCCAGGGAACCCAAUGUGGCAACAUGCGCACAGACCUACUCUUGUUCGAGCUUCUUUUCCACAGGGGCCACCUCCAUUUGCUCAGGCUAUGAGACAUCCCUCAAAUCAUCCGUUGUCUAAUCAGCGUCCUCCAAACCCACAAUUUGUCCAGCAUCCUCAAUCUUCUUAUCACCACCAACAACUGCCCCCAGCUAAAAAGCAGCACCUGCAGCCUAACAAUCAAUAUCCCAGAAGAGGGGAGGUUGUUAGGAAUAAUUAUCACGGAGGCCCCCAAAAUCAAAAUCAACAUCCCCAAAACCAGCAGAAGUCUAGAUCCAAAGAACUCAAUUCGUUUGUGCCACUGCAAGCAUUAAAAAAGCAAAGAAAUAGACCUCGUAGAGAGCCUAAAGAAAAUAUAGCUGCGCAGACUUCAGUGAAGGCAAAUGAAGAGGCAACUGUCCAUGACACCGAAGAGAAAGGAAAAGGUGCAUCAAAGGGACGGGCAAGCACUUCUUCAGAGCCCAAUGCUGGCUCCACAUCCUCUGGUGCCAAUAAAGCCUCGAAUGAAAGCGCAAGAUCGGUGUCUAAAGGGGAGCCUCAAGAAGAAACUUCGGGAAGUUCUCGGUCUAUUUCAAGAAUGAAGAAAUCCCGUUUAGCUAUCAAUUUCCAAAGCACAUGAUGUUGAUAUUAUUGAUUGAUGGAUGGAUGUAAUUACGAAAUGAAGUUCUUUAUGUAUAAAGACUGACAUUGAUUUCCUGAUUCUCCUUCUAAAGGCAAUUUUUGUUCCUUUUUAAGUAUUGGUUGUGUUGUUGAUCACUGUAGGAUAGAAUACAAUCGUCAUCAAAUUUACCCAGUGGUCAAACCAAUUUUCAAUGUUUCUAUGAAAUGACAAGUGUAGAUUUAAUUUGUGCAGCAUGUGAUCGUUCAGUACUUUUAGUUAUCAUUGUGACAAAUCAAGUGAUAUUUUUGUGCUUUGAUUGUGUAAUUUUUUUAGAACAUAUUUUCUCUUGCUUCUUGUAGCGCAUUUUCCUUGUUUUUAUUUCUUUCACACAGCAUCACAGCAUGCUAAUUAUUUUGGAAUAGUUGAUAAUCUUUGAUGACAUUAUGUACAGUUAUUUUGUCCAUAGUUGUACCUUAUCUUAGUAAAUGUGGAACUUAUCCUGAGUAGUGAUGGAGGGAGUGCACAUUACUGGUAAAUGUGAUAAACCAAUCAAUCAAUAUGGCCUUGUUUGUAUGAUUUGUAAUGUUGUCUGAGGUAUGUGGACUUAUCAAUUCAGCCAUUUUGAACAUAACAUUGUGUGCCAAGGUCCAAAUGGGGAAUCAACAGAACAUGUAUCUUCUUUUGGUGCUGUGAACAAUAUUUAUUUCAAAAUAUCAAUAACCUCUGUAUACUUUUGUUUACAAAUCGAUUGCUGCUGUAAAGGGUACAAAUUAAAUUGCUCCGUAAGUACACUUUU